UAUCUGAUGACACGUUAUUUAUAUACCUCCAUUUAUGGAUGUAAAUAUAACUUUCAGCAGAACGAAACGAAGAUUCUUAUAAUUGAGAUGUUGACCGUAAUUGCUGUACUCAGUUCUGUCCUCGCUUGCCAUGCACAGACAGGGAUAUCGGCAGACCCAGCUUGUGACGUCACGAAGGGAUGUUUUUCGGACUGUUCUGGCUCUCUGUGUUCCUUCCUGGUGACAUGGAGACCUGUCAACAAUGGACAAAUCGUGUUUGAAAUAACAUCCGCAGUAUCUGCGCCCAACAGCUGGGCCGCCAUUGGAUUUUCUGGAGAUAGAUCAAUGGGAUCAGACAGUGUUGUUGCCUGUGUGAGUUCCGGUGGAGUAAUUGCUGCUGAAUCUGGUUAUACUGACGGUCGAUCAUACAGAUCCCUUUCUAAUAAGGAUCUCGGUCUGUCUGCUGUCACUGGUACAGUAGUUGAUUCGGUGAUGAGCUGUAGUUUUACCAGGACAAUGAACAUACCAGGACAGCAAGAGUUCUACGACCUACAGCAGGAUUGGCACAUUCUGUUUGCCCGAGGACAAGCAGUAUCUGGCAAUCCAACGAAACAUGCGCAAAGUCCAAUUAUCAGUAGGGAGGCCGUGGACUUUCAGUCGACUUCGACAUUAACUGGGACAGAAGUGUCCUACCCGCUAGUUAAGGCGCACGGCUCCCUGAUGAUUGUGGCCUGGGUGUUACUCGCUAGUAUCGGUAUAUUCGUGGCUAGGUACAUGAAACCUCUAUGGCCUAAUUCUACACUGUUGGGAGCAAAAGUUUGGUUUCCGAUUCACAGGAUUUGUAUGGGGACUGCGAUGACUUUAACUAUUAUAGCUUUCAUCAUCAUCUUCGUGGAAGCUGGAGGCUACGCCCAUAACAUUGGUGUGUCGGCGGGUAGUAUAUUGUUUGGACAAUACCACCCCGUUCUCGGGAUCAUCGUCACUAUCCUGUCAGUGGUAAAUCCCACCAUGGCUAUUUUUCGUUGUGCCCCGGAUCACGAAAAACGACCUAUUUUUAACUUUGCCCAUCGUAUCUGCGGAAUAAGUGCACAUAUAAUUGCCGCAAUAACAAUCAUUUUCGGAACUUAUCUGGAAAAGUCUCAAGCAACCGGAAGUGCGUCUGGUGUUGCGAUUGCAUACCUUUGGGUGUUUAUGAUUGUGAACAUCGUAUUGGAAGUAUAUAUGUUAACGAAAAGAAGGGAAGCAGGACGUUCUGCAGACAUCGAACUUGUCAAUCAAGGAGGGAGGGAGUCGCUGACACCGGAAGGGCUUCAACAGACGGAGGAAUUUGCAGUAAAGUGUGCCUUCGGGGUCCAGAUAUUACUGAUGUCUGUCUUCGCUCUCACACUGCUUGUCCUCAUAAACAGUGGCUGAUGCACGUCUUUCUGCACGGGAAACGUCUGGAAGUUGGACAAGACAUUAAGAUCCAGCCGUUGUUGUAAUGCCACUGUAGAUUAAAUGCAGUCAUGCUCAUUCGCGAUGGAAAUGAAAAUUUCAGCCUCUCAUGGAAAACAUUAAUUAUAUGUGUUAUAUUGGAAUCUUUAUGUAUAAAAAUAAAGUAAAAUACUUAAAUAAGGCGGGCAUAUUUUAUUUGUAUUUUUGUGUUAAGGAACAGCAGACAUAUUUGCAGUCUUUGCUUGUUUUUCAUUUACUCUAACUGCUUUACUUUGUAAUGAAGAUUGUGACAUCAAUUUUCGAUAUGUUACAUGUGUUAUAUAAUUAAGAAAUGUUCAACGAAAAAAUAAUUAACGAAGUCGCUUCCUGCCUUUGUUGGUUAUUUUUUCCAACAUUUUCGAAUGCCAAGUUAUAUACUCCUCGAUAAUAUAUAAAUGCAUUUAUAUGCUGGUUAAUAUCUACUGUACACAGUAAAAUGUAACGAUUUUUGUUCGUAGAUUAGCAAAGUGACCCAGAUAAAUCUCAUUGUUUUAAUGAGGCUUUUCUCUUGCACAUCCCAUCAUUUGUCACGUGAUGCCUAUAUGUCUUCAUUUCUCAACAAACUUUGCGUUUUUAUCUUUCUGUGGGCAGUUUUCCUAUUUUUGUGUAUAAAGCCUUGAUAUUUUUGGGAAGGAUUUUCUAUUGUCAGUCGGCAUUUUGUCGACAGACGAUAAACAAUACACACUGACGUCAUGCUUUAUGCCAGACGUUUAUUUCCAUCAAUCAAAUCCACCAAUCUAUCGACAUCGCUCGUCAAUACAUGAAAUCAGCAUUUGACAGAUUUUUAAACACUAUUUCGAGUUACUUUCGUGGUAAGUUCAGUGGUACAAUCUGACUUUAAGAUUAACAGAUUUUAACAUGAGGUUAAAUGUAGAUUUUGUGUGUUUGUCUAUUAGCAAAUCCUCAAAUGUAUACAAAAGCGGGUACUAACAUUCGAAAAAAUGAAAUCAGUAACGCGACUCGCUUAUUUAUUGGUACUUUUGCCGGGGAGGUGUUUUUGAAGAGUGUUGGUCUGUUGGGAAAGAAUACACGUCAGGACAAGUUUUGUGGUUUCCGUUAGAUUUUUCCUAUCUUGAAAUUCUUAAUAUAUGUUUUUGAUGUAUGAUUUGGUUAAGUUUAUGAUAGAAAGAUUCCCAAACACGUUUCCAUCCAAGAUGUUUUAUACAAAUUCCGCAGAAUUCAUAUAAGUGGGAGUCCUUAUUUGAUCCUCUAUAACUAUUGUUAAAUUGAUAUUUGGAGCAUGACAUUUGCUACAUAGCAUAUCAAGAUAAUCCCUUCAUUAUUUAUUUAUUAUUCUUUUAUUUUAUUCCUUCUAAUUAUUCGUCUUUCCUAUCACUUAAGAACUAACUAAACAUUAAGUGUUAACGAAAUAAAUUAUCUUUGUAUUUUAUUUUUUUACACAAACUAUUUCAUGGACAACUGUAUAAUUAUCAACCUUCUGUAUGCUACUACAAUAGCAUCGUUAGGACGGACCACCACGGAAGGAGGCUUGACUAUGUGGUUUCAGAUAUCUGUUCGUCUUAACUGUGGACAAAAGAGAAUAAAAACCAAAUCGGCUGACAUUAAGGAUAGCUUCUUUUUCUGAUUUUGUAUAUUUUGUCACAGCCAAGUUGUUUUUUAAUUCUGUAUCUUGAUACACUUUGUCUAAAUGUAAAUGUUAUGAUAUUAAAUAGAUUCAUAAAGAGAUAAUAAAUAACUAUUAUCAUAUCAUUAUAAAUGAAUUGUUGGUUACUUUCAAAAUUGUGUUAUUUAGCUUUGUGAAAGACAUAUUAAAAGCAUCAAUUAAAAGUGGGGAAUGUUACAAAACAUGUAUUUGAAUAUCUCAAAAUACAUAAUUUAUUGAUCUUUCUGGUCCUUCCAAUGAAUUUAAUAAAAAUCGGUUAACGCAGAAUUAACGUAUUAGUUCGUUAUCUCAGUACAUCUCUAUAAAUAAUAAACAAAGUAACGCCAUGGCAGUUUUCUCAUCUUUUAAAGUCUUAAUAUUGAAGCAAUUAUGAAGAUCAGUUCUAGAAUUAAAAAAAAACAAGUUUAGACCAAAGCGGGCGCAUUAUAUGCAUAUUAAUUAGCCCUAUAAUUAUCACCGUAUAAGUCGUUUAUGUGGCUCAGUCGAAUUAACACAAAUGGUAAAUCAAUGUUUGUAAAUGAGCCUUAUAGCACGCCGGAAUGAAAUUUUGAAGUUCAUUUCAAAAACGUUGUUAAUGCUUUGAAAUUCCAAAAUGCUAAAUAAGAAUAGAAAUUUACAACUUGAAUUAAUAUUUCUAAACUUCAGUAACGAGUCAACCUUGUUGACUGAUUUUUUGUAAGGUAAGAAAGGUCUGAAUUCAGGCUUUACUGUCAUAAAGACAAUGUCCUGAUAAAUUACCGCCUUGGUGCUGUUUAUCGUGUAUGCAGAUAUCUGUUUCAAGAGAAAUUGUGUAAACUACGUGGCGACUGAUAUAUAUAUAUAAAAUGAUCACGACUUUUCAGACUUUAUCGUAAAUUAUUUUUAUUUUCAUUUUAUGAAGAGUUGUCUCCCAUGGGUUGCUGUAGCGUAUGCGUAAUUGAAAAAAUGAAUUUCACAAAAUUAAGAAAGACAUUUAAGAUAUUUAUUGCUAAUACAUAUGUAUUGUAGAGGAUUCUUGAACGAAAUAUAAAAAUAAUCGUGAUUUCUUUCUCAAAAAUGUGUUCAUCGAUAAAAUUAUCCAGAUGUAAGGAGUAAUUUUGAACAUUAACCCUUCCAAGGUACUUUUAAGCGCAUCACGGUAUGUACUUUGAUAAGCACUAGAAAUGGUAGUUAUACUCCUAUAGUAAGAUAUCAGAAAAAAACACUAUUACUUAAAUGUUAAUCAGAACAAAUAUUCAAAUACACAGUAGGAAAAGUGAAUAAUUUUAUUGCAGGAUAAAUAUAAAUACAUACAAAAGGAAUAUUUGAAAAAAAAAAUGUCGAUACACAUUUGUCAACUUUAUUAGUGUUUAUAACCUUUAAUAUCAAAUAUAAUAAAAUGGAGAACAAUAUCGCAAUAGAGCUUACCAGUAAAUUAUCUAUAGCCAUUUAAUGUAUGCGGAUGACGCUACAAAUUUAACUAGGUAAAACAUCUGAAAAUGAAUUUAAAACCAUUAUUCUUCACAAUGAAACCCGAGGAGCCAUGUGAAGGGUAAACGCUGCUAGACUUGAUUUUUUCUAUACAUACCUACUUCACAUGGACAUUUUAUCUUUUAAUUAUAUAUAUAUCAAAGAAAAUCAAACGUCCUUGUGAUUGUUUAAUAAACUAAGAAAUGACAAAAGAGUGUCUUUUUACUUACCUAGCUAGUACUUUCACCUCGUGGAGUGGGGAGAUAUAUAUGUAUGAAUAAACGAAACUUUU